AUGUCCUCGAAACCAAAGUCGUGGAACAUCUUUGGCGACCGGGAUGUAGAACGCGAGCGAGAAAAACCGUCUACAAAGCCUACCAAGACCAAAGAUCGUGAAAAGGAAAAGACAAAGGACAAACGAGGAGGCUCAAAUCGGUCGUCCCAUGGAAAGAAAGCGGAUACGCCAACCAAGGAUCGCGACUCGGCUGUAACCGCAACCUCCGCCACCGAUUCAUCCACCUCGAGCACGCACACUCGCACUCGCAGAUCCUCCAUGCCGGAAGCUGACAGCGAACCAAGGUCUGCAGCGACCUCGUUUCUCGAGUCUAGGGUUAGUCUUCCGUAUCCGACUUUCUCGAAAACUCAUAGCAAAAUCGCCUUGUGGGACAAGAAUCAAAGCGCGAAAAAGGCAGAGAUCCCUACGCCAGACCCAACCGACGUUGCUGAUGGCGAAGAUCGUCGCGGUGAUGGUCGCAAGUCUUCAUCCCGAAAUGGACACCGCCAUGCCGCACCCCCAAGUCCGCCUCUCACAGCCGAUCAACGGUCCUCGAGAAAGGGGAGCUCGAUGGGUGGCCGAACUAAAGACAAGGAUGGCAGGCCAAGGAAUCGAAAGGAUCCAUCUCGCUCGACGUCUAGCAUUGGGAAUAAGGUGGAUGAAGAUUCCGCGCUGGGUAACAGCUCUCCUCGCUCGGGUACUCCAGUCAAAGUCCGCUUGCGAGAAUCCCCAACGCCGCAUCGCUCUACUAGCCACAAGACUUCGAGGUCUACGCUCCAAGGAUCUGAUACACUAAAGCGAAAUGCCAGUCACCCUACAAAAUCGCAUACACGUUCAACCGUUACAAAUGGCACAGAAAGCACUUCUGAAUUUACCAAUGACUCGGACGCGACAUCCAUUGCUCCAAACCAGCCCAAACCCCCAUCCCGGACGCAAAAUCGCUCUUCGACCCCACAAUAUCGCACGAGCAGAAGACGUUCGCCUUCCAUCGAAAUUUUCGUUGAAGAAGGGUCCGCCCUUAAUGGGGAAAACUUUCAAUCUUCGCCAAUGCCUCCGCCUCCUCCGCCGCCGCCUCCAGAGAUGCCUGUUAUUCCUCCGCGGGUAGAUUAUCUGCUACAAAAUGGUGGUUUACAAUAUCCGCUGCCGAAGCAUCUAUUAGGCGCCGGACAAUCACCGAAUAUGCCUGAGCAACUUGUCCAGCCGCAAACGGCCAUUAUUGAGGUCUUUGAGCCAUACAACCGGAUGCUAGAUGACUUUAACCAUGUUAUUUCAAAGAACGGAUCGCUAGCAGUGGCGACGGGAUACCGAUCCGUUGCUCGACGUCUCUUAGACAGACUAGAAGCCGUUUUUGCACGAGACAUAUCCUCGGAAGCUUGCCAGUGUCUCAUGUGCGAAGACGACCAGCCUGGUGAAUCCUCUCCUGGUGUGAGCUGGGGUGAAGUUUUGGAGCUGGUGUCUGGACGGCGUGAACUGCCCAGUUGGCCACCAUUUCACAUGACUGCCUCGGUCAACUCUCAAGCGCUUCCAGGCGAAGAGCAUAUUCCAAUGCAGAAACUCGACAUUGACGUUCCCGAAGAGUAUCGCGAGCACUACGUUCGACAAUCUCGCAAGACCAAGCAGGCAGUUGAUAAAUGGCUUCUCGGUCAUCCCGAGAUGAACCCGCCGGAGGAAGUAGACGACGAAACGCUGACUUUUGCGAUGAUGACCCACUUGGACUCAGAAUACCGCGAAAUAUUCUGUGCGCUUCUUGGUAUCAGGCCGUCAACCCCGGUUCCUAGAACCUCUACACCGGCUCCGCGAUCCCGUCCCGACUUUUUGGUCGCUUCAUCCAUCGCUAUACAGCGUCUUUAUCGGCUUUCAGCUCCUGCUCGCGAGUCUGAAACAGCACUUUAUAUGCUCAACAACCCGUACAUUCACAAUGUACUAGCAACAUUGGCAGCAAUUAGCAAUGAUGAGUGGGAGAUUCUCGUUUCGGGACGUUUUGAUGGAUUUUUACGGAGCGGCGCGGAGGACAACUUCAAUCCGUCAAUGACAGCAUCUGCUCCCCCGAGAACAGCCAGUCGAUCCGGCACUCCAUUCCUACCUAGUUCAUCUCGAGGACCGACGCCGUUCCAAAUGGACCCCACCCAUCGACCAGCCAGUCAGCCUUUUGGUUCUUCAGCCUCUCUCGCCUCAUACGGUGCUCCAAUUGCGCUGGAUGAAGAGACAGAGAUUGCGGCGCUGGCUGAAAUAGAGAGGGACAUAUAUCUAAGCAUGGAGUCUCUUGAGGAUGCGUUUGAGGCGCUGCACUGCAAAGCCGAAGUCGUGCGACGUUCACUGCGCGAGCGGGGAGCUGGCUUGUCGGUUGCGAGCCAAGCACGCCGUGGAUCCUCCGGCAACCUCGAUGCCAGAAUGGGCACACCAGCAUCCAUGUUCGGGGGACCGUGGGAUAGCAACGGACUAGACGAAGACGACGGGAUUGACGACGACAUGUCGCUCGCUCCAGACGACUCUGCGAGCAACAUCAGCUCCAACCGCCGCCGUCGACCGAAACGACGAAGCGAGCGACGCACGCCGGCUCCGGUAGAAGAGGAGGACGAGGAAGAGGAUGAUUAUCAAGUUAGACGAGAUCGACGCCGGUAG